CCGAGCGAGCGCCGAUGGGUCCUCGUACGACAGCCCGCAGAGCUGGCACACGAAGCUUCCCACCGAGCCCGUGGGCUCGACUCGGCACCAGGGUUCCGUGGUGAUCACGAGACCCAACACGGAGAUCUCCUUCAAUGCCGGCACAGGCGGCAGGGUAAGAGAGCUGAUUUGUGACGUCGAGUCGAGGUCGCCAGCCGAUAUGUUCCGCUGGCCACCACCGUCACCAUCAUCGUCGUCGUCGUCAUAAUCGUCUCCUCCGGCCACGUUGCUCCGUGGAAGAGCUCCACAGCAGGAGCGGGCGGUGAUGGAGGAGGAGGAGGAAAAGGUGGUCGUGGUGGUGGAGGAGGUGGUGGCAGCUCGUCGACCUGGCCCAGCCGAGGAAGGAAUGAGCGCUUCUGGGGACGAGGAUGACAACAGCAGGGAGGGAGUGGGUGGCGGGUCCCUCUUCUACGUGAACAGAAGCGGCAUCCCUCUGGACAAGAGCACGUGGGAGCGCAUGUGGAGCCACGUGGGCCGGGUCCAUCCCGGAGGCAAGGAGAUGGUGCGGAGCAUACGGCAGUGCACAGAGCUACCCAAGGUGCCCGUGCCUUCCCUGCCAACGCUGCUGCCCGCCGUGGCGAUGCUGGACCGCCUUAAAGCCAUACAGAAGUACAUGAUGGACCUCCAAUACAACCACACGGGAACGCAGUUCUUUGAAAUCAGGAAAAAUCGACCCAUCGCCGGGCUAAUGGAUCUGGCACGGGACAUGGUGCGGGAGGCGCUGCCCAUUAAGUGCUUGGAGGCUGUCAUCCUCGCAAUCUACCUGACCAACGGGCUGCCCGGCGUAGAGCGCUUCCCGCUUAGCUUCCGCACGCGUUUCGGCGGCUCGGCCUUCCGCCACGUGGUGCUCGGCGUGUGCGUGGGCGGCCGCUACGGGGCGCUGGGCCUGAGCCGCCGGCCCGAGCUCAUGUUCAAGGCGGCGACGCACGCGGGCCUCGCGCCGCUCGUCGCCGACUUCCGGCAGGCGUACUCCGGCUACCGGCACGCCGUCACGCGGCUCAAAGUGGGGCUCUACGUGCCGCACGACCCGCGCAGCUUCCAGCAGGUGGAGUGGAGGCACCUGGUCGUGGACGUCAGUCGCCUGAGCAGCGAGGAGCUCCGCAGGGACCUGGACAAGCACGCGCGCGACAUGAAGGUGCUGAAGGGCGUAACGCUGCCCGUGUCGCCCGGUAAGGAGCGGAGGAAGAGCGUCACGUCCACCUUCCCCCACAGGGCGCCCUGUGGCAGCCCGCAGCGCCGGGCGAGCAGGGUGGAGAAACUGCCCCUGGCAGCUGAGAAGAAGCCCGAGCCGAACUUCCUGAUGGAGGAAGGCUACAAGAUUCGCGUGUGAAUCGCGUGUGGGCGAGGACGGCUUGCAGGAUUGCAGUUUGCACUUUACGAUAUAUUUCUUCCCAAAAAGUGCUUUCUCGAGACCAUAGGAGUAUUUGCGAGCCGCGUGUGCGAUUACGCUUACUACCUUGUUUUAUCCGGGCCAACAUCUCCACCCAGGUGACUCGCUUUCACGGGCCAAGUGUUUUUUAAAGGCAGUGGAUGUUGGUGUUCGACGCGUUUUUUUUUUUUAAACAAGGUGCUUAUUUUAUCCGACAGACACUUAACGUCGUUCGGGCGCAACGAUCAACAUUUUAGGCAAGGAAAAACGUUUUAAACUCCUCGUAUGCGUGCCUGAGCGCCGAACACUCUGACAAACGCCGGUAGCGGUUUUGGAACGGACAAGGGUGGCUUUGCUCGGUCCUAAUAUGUCAAACUUUUAUCAGCGAUCAAUCAACGUGGCGUUCCGGGGGUUUUUCUUUUUAGAAUUUUUUUACUUUCGUAACAGAAAAAAAUCAGUGUCGCGCAAAGGCACUGACUGACGGAUGGAAAUUGUGUUUAAAGUGGCACCGCCAGUGAGGGCACAGGGUAACAAAAUUUUAAUUAACGCCAGAUGGAUUCGAGCACCGUGGGGUGGCCCGUGGUAGUGCCAGGCUCAGUGCUGCUGGGCCACGGUCAACGUCAGUCGCUAAUCCCGACAGGUGAGGUGGUAGCUAUGAGCAAGUGGCUCGCAGUUUGGAAGGUUGCGAGUUCGAUUCCCAGUCGGGGGUUGACUCAAGCACCCCUUUUUAAAAAAAAAUUCAUGGUUGGUAGAACGAGUGCCGCUAUGUGGCAGUCGAGGGCAGUUAUCCUAAGGAUGGACUCAACCCCUGCCGUAGCAAUGUGGAAUUUACAGCACUGACUCGAGGCCAUGAACAGAAGAGGAGCAUCGUCCCAUGCCCGUACGAGCGUGGGAAACCAUCGCAACUUUUGAAUACAAAUUUUUGCGACGUGGGAUUACCUUUUUGAAAGUGGUAAUUAAAUUAUCGUGGAAUGCACAACCACUGGGAAACGUCUUAAAUCACGAGCAGAGAUGCCAGAGAAGCGUUGCCUCCAACAAUCGGCGCGCGGCGCCACGGAGCGGACAUGCGGCCGGGGGAUUUCGGCGCAGAAGAGCCGAUGGUGAUUUUGACGCAUUGUUCUAAAAACGUCAUCUUGUGACCCCUUAAGAAAUUUAGGCUAGGGCAGAAGAGGUCGCUAGAAGGGGAGUCGGUCUGGCCACCGGUUCAGAUUAAGGGGAUGGAGCUGCCGCCAAAGGAGGAAACAUUCGCUGCAGAGAUGGGAGCGAUUAAAAAGGUCGUGUGCAGGUGCAAGGUGGAUUGUUACUGUCUCAGUCCCAUGAUGUAACAAUCAUCUUGGAGAGGCCUUCAUCCAGCUGCAGAUUGAUCGUGGGGAAUGAUGACAAGGAUGAUGAAGCACUACGUUUUUAAGGGACAAUCAGAAUAGAGUAAUCCUUGCGAUGGAUUUGUACCAUGCCUCCCUCCUGCACACCACUUUCCACCGCUUCCCGCUGAGAGGGCCACAUCUUUGAGAUCGAAUGGGACACCGAGGGCUCAAUGUUAUCCGAGGGGGGCCCGUGGCCCGAAGCUCUUAUCGUCUUUGGGAGCUUCUCAUUUGUAUGUUCAGUUAUCUCCCCUCACUGUUUUACCAAACCAUUGUAUGUCCACUGGCAAACGCCUCAUUAUUCACAUUGGUUCCUUCAGUUGCGGUUGUUAUACGUGAUAUAUACGGGUGGUAAAGCUAAAUCAAAAUUAAAACAAACGACUCUAUUUUGAUUUCGGUUCACAACUGGUCAUGAUACUCACAUUGUUGCUUUGGCUUUUGAUGACCCCCCCCCCCCCCAUUCCCAGUAGGAUGUAUCAUGGUACUAGGGUUACUACAUUUCAACCAUUAUAAAGCGAUCUUUUUAGAUUUUUGGGGCGGGCCCCUCCAAGAACUGAGGCCCAGGCCUGCAGCCCCUGGAGCCUUUCGCGUCCCCCGCGUGAAUCUGCGCUCUGCCUGAGCGGAGAUUUUUUUUAUGUUGAACCCUGGAUGACGAUCUUGCCGAGUGUUCCGCCGAACCACCUUUGGGCAUUUUGCCAAACGGUGCGCCGGGAGCAGUCGACUCGAGGCGACGCGAGACUGGACACGUGUCUGUUGACACAUUGACCCCAGACGGCCGCACCUGGGCUCGGACGCAGCAACUUAACGAGAAAGGUCAAAGCUUCACCCGUUUAGGUCACUCGGUGGUGCUUGAACGGUGGGCGGGCGCGCGCUCCGGUGUGGACGGCACGUCCAAGGAGUCCAAUGACGCCAUUGGCCGGAGCAGACUGCCACGAGCAACUUGCAGAGAUGGGCAGCAUUGAAAUUCCAUGUAAUCUAAAUAAAUAAUGUCAUUACAUUUGUAAUCUAUAAUUGCAUUUAAAGCAUGCUCCUCGAAGCAAUUUGUAAUUUGUAUCCAAAUGUACAUGCAAUUGAAAUAAAUGUAAUUACAUUUGUAACUGGUAUCUAAAUUACACACCUCAAGAGUAAUCGGUCAUUUGUAAUUUGCCCAUCUCUGCACUGGCGAAUCGAACAAAUAUGAGCACUCGUCAUAACUCCUGAGAGAGCUGUGUUCAGCUAGAACUGAGCUGCCCCUUAGUUGUGUCUUUCAUUCUCUUAACAAAAUAAAACUCGUAAAAUAAAAAAAUUAUUUAACAAUUAAUUUUAAGUACUGCGGUGUCAAGACCAAAGGAACAUUUCAAAACCCACGCUGCACGGCUCCUCGUUGCCGUCUGGAAUUUUUUUUAUCGACCGUUUCUUUGACGAAUAAAUUUGUGAAAUGUUUUUUCGUGAGGGAAAAAGUUUACACUUUGUUUUUUAUAAUGUUUCUUGAUUAUUCUCUUGGUUGUUUCCUUUUCCAAUAAAAAUGAAAGCGACGGUAAACGAGA